AUGAUGAAUGUAUUAUAUCACGAAGUUUUCUGUGUUUUUCUAAUAUUUCUUUCUCAAAUUAUCGAUUGCCGUAUUACGAACCCAGCAAUCGGGAUUUUAGCCGAAUCAAAUCUUUAUCUCGCACAAAUCAAAGAAUUCAAUUAUACAAAUGAUAACCUUCAACUUGUUUAUCAGCAUACAGAUCCGAUUUAUUCAUUACAAAGUUUAGCAGCCAAUAAUUUCAUUCAUCGACUCUAUAUCUGUUCGCCAAGUACAAUCUACACACUUGAUACACAUUUAGGAUCACAUGUUGUACCAUUGAUACCGAUCGAUGAGACACCAUGCCGAUCGAGUCUCACCUAUCUCUCUGGUGAAACGGCACUAUUUUGGGCAGUACGCCGUGGAGUAAUCCAAUUGAAUUUUGAUGAAAUGUCUCGAAAAGGUGUUUGGAAUUCAACAACUCCUAUUCUUGAUAUGAUUUUCAAUGAUACUCUGAGUGAUGACAAUAUCGAUGUUUACCUAAGUAUUUCAAUUGCCAGUCAACAAUCAGUUAUUCUAUAUUGUAGGGCUGAUCGCCGCUUCCGUCUUGUAUCAUUUCAAUCUUGUCUAUUUAUUGCCAGCGGUUACUCAGAAAUCAUAUCAUUAGCCAUGACGGACAAUCGUUUGUUUGCCGCUGAUCGUGUAGAACAACAAAUCUAUAUGCUAACUUUAUCACCAAAUGGAAUCGUUCUCAGUAAAGAUGUUUUACCGUUGAAUACCAGCACCGUAGCUGAUAUUCAUUCAAUGUUCAUCUACGAGAAUAAUUUGAUAUGGUUAACAACCAGUGGUCAUGUGCGACUUGUAUCCUUAGAAACGUACGAAGUACGAACUCUUUUUUGGCUUGAUGAACAACUACGAACGAUUCGUUUGGUGUCAUUUGCUCAAUGGCCAAAUCGAACCACCACAAGCACUACCACUACCACUACUGUGACCACAACAUCGAAACGGUCAUCGACAAAACAUUCGACAUCAACAACUACAACAAGAAAACCCACCACUUCAACAUCUUCUAGCGAGCAAGCUGAUUCAACAACAACAUCGACGAAUGUCAAUUCUAGUCCUUGGAAAGCAACUACAUUUGUAACAUCAAUUAUUCUGGGUAUUGCACUAUUUCUUUGUGCUGCUAUGAUUACUUGUGUUUUGUUGAAUUAUCGACUCGGACGAGUUGUUCCAAAUAGUUUUACGAACAUAUUUCACAUUCUGCGUAAUCGAACCACAGUCACGUCAACAACAACACCGGCAACUACGGCAACAUCAGCAUUUUUCGAUGAAUCGCUGACAUAG